AUGAAUGGCAAAUCCGCCGAACUUGAUGCAUUGUACUACGCAUUAACCGAGUUCAAGCCCCACUCUGUCAUCGACAUUGCCACUCUCAUCGGGGCUAUGGAAGUCGCGCUGGGUGAGAUUUACACUGGUGUUUUCACGGCUGGUGGGAAACCAACAAGUUCAUGCACCGCUGCGCUGUUUCUUAAGGCGUUCGUGGAUGGCAUCGAGGCCAAGGAUGGACAGGAACCCUUUUUCACGCGCCCGAUGCCAUACCAAGAGAAAGGAAUGACUGGAUGUCCUGUUCGUGCAUUGGUCGAAUUUGUUAGAUGUCUCUCGAGCCAAGGAUGA